AAAGAAUCAGUGCGAUAAAAUUGUUGGAAGGUGACAGUGUAGAAUAGAGUUCUAGUUCUUGGAAACCGAGAUUAGUCAGUUUUUCUAAUUUUUUUGACAUACGGUAACUUAACGCCAAUGAUAUGUCUUUCACGCGUAUCCUUUCUUACGGCAUAAGAAUAUGCGUAGCCGUAGUCCAUCUUGCAGCACCAGCCUGGGCCGACCCGUCUUCGCCAGUUGCACGGGGCCUCGCAGAACGACCCGACCACAGCUUAUGAUCAUGUGGCUGAAUAAUGUCGAAGUAUGUAGUUACCUUGUACUUAGUCAAUGCUGAUGUGGCUCAGAGUAGACUAGUAACCGCCUUAAUCUAGUCGACCUCUACGCAUCAGCCUCUAUACGUCUGCUUUGUUGAGAUUCUUUUUUUUAGGCAUAUUUAUACUCGGUAAGUACUCAGUCCCAAAUCAUUCGCUCCUUGUUCUUCUUGUCUUCAUACCAUACGGAGUUGUACUAUGAGAGGCUGCUUGCGUCGACAUCCGAGGACGAGGAGCUGCAGUAUAGUCCAGAUAUUCGCUUUCCGCCGAGGCCUGUGGGUCUAGGGUUCCGAGAUGGAGUAGGAGUGUCCUCGGAACAUGUUGCGACAAGAACAGGUGUAGUUGCAGAUUCCGUUGGCUCAAGAGGAGAUGACCAUUGUGAAGAUUAUGAUCGAGAACAGCGUGAGAGCGAGGUAGAGGGACACGCAAAAGACGAAGCAGAUGAAGGUGUUGGCGAUGAAGGUGUUGGCGGCGCUUCAGGCGAAGGUGAGCAGGAACAUGCAGACCAACUGGCAUCAAAGUUGCUUGGAGGAGAUGCUUCAGAUUCACCUGAAAGAAUACCGCAGCGGAAGGAUCGACGCAAGGUCGUAUGGGGUCACUUGAAAGCGUUUCGGUGUCGCGUCUACCAUUUCUUGCACCGCAACUGGCAGAAGAACCGCCUUGCUGUUGCUCAAAAACAUCAUAACAUUGUGGAACAUCGAGGAAAGGAACCACCUGAUCAUGAAACUACCACUCAACUGCAGCAACAAGAUCAAGGUGCAACAAAUGGAGAAGGUGCUGUAGAACCUGGAACCAGUCAACGGCAACAGCAAUUGCAAGAAGAGGAUAAAAAACAUCAAUCUUCAUGUUCCGAAAAACACCGAGUCCUUUGGAUUGUUGGGCCGCUGGCUGGUGAUCGUGCACCAGUUAGUUUCGAACGCGAGUUUGCAGUAGCAAAGAACUUCAUAAAGUGGAUGCGGGAGCCAUGCUUGCCAUAUUGGCAUUUCGUUACGUAUUCGUAUCGAGAGGUGUUGCCGAGAUGGGCAGAACUGCAUCUAUCAAAAGACAACAUCCUCGACCUUUCCGAUUACGGUGCCAGGCAUCAAGCUCGCAUGAAGAUGAACCAUGCAGCACAAGUUUUUAACACAAACGAGACAACAUCUUCGAACAAAUCGUAUAGUACUGGAGUAAAAAUAAAAGCUGCCAGACCGCGAAGAUACUACAACGACCCUCUACAGAAUCACUUUGGCAAUGUCACAACAAGCGAAAUUUCCGCAUUUCUCAGGAAGCAUGUCACAUUACUCUGGAGUCCAGGUCGGAAAAUGUUCACGCACUUUUUGCAGUUCAUAGGACCCGAACUGGUGAAGGACUUCGAUUUCGUUUGGUCUGUACAAGAGGACGUCCAGCUGGACACGAAUGUGCAUACCCUGUUGAGGUUUGCGCGACAAAACGAAUUAUCCAUGUCCCAGCCGGCGAUGUACGACUGCUAUCACGCGUUUUGCAUACCAUGGAGUGAGGCACAAAGGGACAUGCAGAAGACAUUAUGGAUUUCCAUCCUCGUGCAGACGACUUCUAAUUGUAGAAGAUAAAGUGCCUGGUAUUCAACAUAUCGUUUGUUUUUUUUUCUCGUUAGGUCAGACCUGGUCUGCUCCACCAAAUAACAUAUCGUCGUGUUCCAUGUUCUUCAGGCGUCGUCGAAAACAGCGAGCGAGAUGAUCAAUCAACUAAAAAAUGCAAACAAUCAAUCGGGCAGCCACCUGGUGGCUUUCUCUAAUAGCCAAGCAAGACUUCGACAGACGUAAGGUUUCAGCAUUGGCAAUGGGUGAAAUGGAGGAGGAGCAGCUGUGGAAAAAGACGCGUCUUGCAAAACUGUUGGCUAGUAGAUUGCGGGAGAUCUUGUCGGACAUGUUGUCUAGAAAACCACCUAGGCUCGCUGGAGAAGCUUUGAAACCAGAUGACUUGGAAAAAGCAAAAGCAUCGCUAACCACGUGGCUGCAAGACUCUGACACGUUGAAUGCACUUCACGACCAUCUGUCGCAGCCUCUUCCAUCGACAGUAGUAGAUGCCGAAGGAUAUUCAGGAUCAACCGUUCUUGGUGUUGCUGCAGCCCAACGUCUAGCUUAUACGGAAGAGGAAGAAGAUAACGCUUUAAGACAUGCUAGCUCGACGACUGGAGGAAAGGGGGAUCGUGGUAGCAAUGUUGCACUGACAGACAGCACGAUGUCAACAAUAUCACAGUCUGAAGUAGGCCGACUCGCAACCAGCCAGCAGACGAUAAGGAGAGUAAUAAAGCAGAAGAGACACAACUCCCAGGAGAUAGCAAAUAAAGGAAAAGUAGCCGGUCGCCUAAUCCGAUUCAUGACCUCACAAACGUUGUUAUUCAGACCAGAGGCAUGGCUGUGUUAUUGGGAAGUACAGCAAGAAUCUGUUGCGAUGGAUCCGGUGCAGGGAACGUACGUUGGCUCACGCUAUGCCCAAGUUUACUGUAAUGCAAAACGAUUGUGGAGGUAUCGAAAGAUUUUAGAAGCUGUUCGGUGGAAGAUGACCAGGUUAGAAGCUAGAAGAAGAAGAAGUUCUGGCCAGCAUGUUGUUGGGGGCGGUCAACAAUUAAGGUCAACAUUUAGUGUCCAUCCUUCUCGGCAUCUUGGUACCCUGCUUUUCCCUUGGAUUCAUCUCGUGAAAUACAAGGUCCAAGGGGUCGUGAAGAUGAGGGGGCCGAGAUGCCAGCUAGCAGACGGCUCUAAAACAAGAAGAAAAUAGAGAUAGGGCUAGGGCUCCUGGAUCUGAUGGAAGUGGGGAGGGAACGAGAAGAACAGCAGCGAGUAGUUUGCAAGGGGAGCAAGAAAGUGAAACAAGUACAAGUAGGAGUCUUGAAGAAGUUCGACGUGAACAGGACUUGUCCGAAUCCCUUGUCCGUAAAUGGUUUCCGGACUUGGAUAGAGCGAUCGGACCACUCAGAUUCGAUGAGCAAGAGCGGGCGCCUGAUGGGUUGCUUUUCUUAAGGGGAAAGCGUACAAUCCACUUUGAUUUCAUCCACUUCGAUUUCAUCAACUUUGAUUGCAUCGACUCAGAAGAAUGUUCAAGGUAGAUGGAAUUGAAAAGAAACCCACCAACUAUAACACUACGUACUCACACGCAUUCGAAUACAUCAGUCAUCUCUGUCUACUACAUAAAGAUGUCUAAUUCCUUGGCCGCCGUUUAAGCUGGGGAUUGUGGAUGUCUGGCCUGCGGUGCAUCAUGGGGGUCACGAGGAGAAGAUCCUGUGCAAGGAGAGCAAGGAGUGCGCCCAUCAUAACUAUGGCUUUGUCGUGGCGCUCGCGCUGUCGUGUUCGUGUACGUGUUUGAUGAUAUAAGAAUAAAAAGCAGUAGUUGAAUGAUUUAUUUUGUGAAUGUAUGUAAUCCAUAUCCAUCAAAUUUUUCGAAUUCAUGAGAACAAGAAAUACCAAAAGAACCAAGUACUAGAAUCCAAAGAUUGUGUUGUACUUUCAACAUCUUGUCUCCCAUAUCUAUCGAAUUUCAAUUACUUCUAUCUAACAACAAGGCGACAACAACCUUGCGCGACAGUUGGUUAGCAGGUGGAGCCUCGAAUACGGCAUCGACCUUUUCGUUCCGAACGCAAAACCUGGCGUCUCCUGGUCCGAUCAUACCAGCAAAAUCUACGGUGAUAUCUUCGAUUUUGGAGAUAAUCUUGAAGAAAACGAAUCUUCACUGCAAGGUCAUGCAGAAGGUCUACUCGAAGAACAAGCAGGGAACGCAAAGGACCAGACACGAGGCCCAGUCGAAGAACAAGAAGGGAAAGCUGAGGACAAGACAACAUCACCAUUUUUUGAUAGUCGUCAACACUACACUGAUCCACGUGGUCCAGCGUUUGAUUUACUUCCGGAGUAUAGGGAUUUCACUUGGAACUACUGACAACAUUCAUGAUCCAUUUAUAUUGAUUGGAACUACUGACAACAUUCAAUCAUUUAAAUAUUCGUCUUGUUCUACAAUUACAUCUUUAUGAGCCUACUUAAUAUUCGGAUUGAAAUCAAUAGCAAAUUCAACAGCACGCUAGCAACGAAACUGAAAUAAAUAUCAAAGUCGAACAAACACUAGCCAAGAUACGAAGGAUCAAUUUACGUCGACCAGGAAGGCGUAGAAGAAGAGCC